AUGUCCACCUGGAGAGUUGGAAUGCUGCUGGCACUGUGCCUCCUGCACCAGGCGAGAGGUCAUGGUAAACUCCUCCCUCCUCAAAAUGUUACGCUGCUGUCAAAGGAUUUUGACAUGAUUUUGACCUGGGCUCCAGGAGAGGGCUCUCCACCAGACGUUACAUACACUGUGCGGUAUGAAAGCCAGGAACGCAUGGACAAAUGGAUGAAGGUUCCUCACUGCAAAAAUACCCGCAGAACCUCUUGCAAUCUGACCUGUGUGCUGCCUGUGUUCGUUAAAGUCCGGGCUCGAGUAAAAGCUGUUUCUGGACAACUGCAGUCACCAUGGGCAGAAUCACAAUUCAAGGAAUACUAUUUGGAUGUGGAACUGGCUCCCCCAGUGCUACAUGUGAAUGUCAAAGAGAACAAAAUCCACGUGAAUGCCUCCUUCCCUUUGGCCGCCUGUGUGGAGAGCAUCUCUUGGAUGUAUGACCUGAACCUCUGGGAAGCUGGAUCCAAUGACAAGAAGCAGUAUGAAGGCAUAUUUAGGAAGAAUACGGUGAGCAUCGAUACCACUGCGCUUAGAGGCAACUACUGCUUAAGUGCCAGAUCUUCCUUCCAGAACAUCGGCUUCAAGCACAGCAAAUUCUCCCAACCAGUGAUGUUAUUUAUGUCUUUUUCAGCAGUGGAAUGGACGUUCCCAUUUUCUGCCAUGAUCCCUGUGUUUGUCCUCCCCAUCUUUCUGACAAGUGCCUUCAUCACCUGCUUGCUGACACAAGAUGUUAAGGGAAAGAAGAUGCCUCAUGCUCUGGAUUUAUCUCAGUCAAAAGCUGCUGGAGCAGCCUUCCACUGUGAGCUCAGUAAAGAGGAAUUCUUCAGGGACUGUCUCAUCUGCACCGAGAAGCCAGUAUCACAAAGGAAGACAGAGAAAGCUUUAGCAAGAAACAAUCUACCAUGGGUGGCUUCUUUCCUAUCAUCAUCAUCAUCAUCAUCAUCAUCAUCAUCAUUGGAGAAAGAGGAGGAGGAAGAAGACAGCAGUAUGUUCACCCCAUACACUGAAAUGCAGUUUCCAAACAGGUAUCUCAACUGUCAAGCAUCUCAGGCGGAAUCCAGCUUGGACUCUGGAUCUAGAGGCCUCUCCAUGGAGAGUGAAUCUCUGCUUGACCUAAGAGCCUUGGGUUUCUCUUUCUUUCCAAUGAGAAAGAAUGAGGUGGACACUUCAGAAUCCCAAGGGAAUGAGAGGGCAUCCCUUUCUCACAGUUCCUCUUUGGGAAGAAUAUCACUCACUGAUGUGAGAUUCCCAGAUCCCAGGGAACAGAGACAGCAGGAUACAGCCAGGGAUGAAUGCCUGGGAAUGGCGCCUUUGCAACCACUGAUGAAGGGCACUUGUUUCAGGCUCCCAGCCGGGGAGCACUGCCUGCACAGGCAGGGUUAUCAUUCCCCCAGGUGUUACCAGCAACCAGCAGCUGAUCUACAGGCCCAGCUCAGGGAUAUCUCCUGGCUCAGUGUGGAUCCCAGCACGGAGCUGCUCAUUUCCUUCCAGACAUUACAGGUGGCAGAAGACGAAGGCAUUGCAAGUGACUGUGACAGCAAGUGUUUUAUGGAAGGGACACCCCCCACACCCACGGUGCUCAGUGAUGCAUUUGAAACUUCAAAUAUGGAGGAAAAAUAUGAUCACAAGUUUAAGUUCAAAGGUUCCCAUUAUAUGGGAAGGAGCUAG